CGAUAACCACCGCUACGCGUACAGCUCCACGCGUCCCCGGCGCAAAGCCUCUAUAUACUGGCCUGCCGGCGCGAGGCCUCCUCCAUCACCAACAGCCAGAGCAUUCGUCCACCAUAACUUGAAACAGAGAGCUCGGAUUCGGCAAGGAGCUUGCUAGGUUAGCCAUGGCGUUCCCGGCGUGCGUGCAGUGCGGGACCAGGGAGAACCCGUGCCGGUGCAAGUUCAUCGGGCCGACGCUGGGGUUCGUGGCCUUCCUUGUCACCGGCGUCAUAGAGUGGCCGGUGGGCGCGGUGGUGUACCUGUUCCGCCACCGCAAGGGCCGCCGCAUCAUGGGCCACCCCUCCAGGGUCGUCUACCCGCGCGUCUCCAGGGCCAUCCCCAUCUAAUCCUAUUCUCAUCCUAAUCUAAUCCCUUCCUGUGUGUAUGUUGUAACCUGCUGCGUUUGUGCAUGAUUGAUGAAGAAGAUUUCAAUAAAAUGGGUGUUGUUUUGUGUU